AUGAAGAUAGCCGGGAUGCAUCACAGGGCAGAUUUCGAGGAUCUCGCUAACUCUGAAAGCAGUGACGGCAUUAGGGGGCGAAUCAAAAGGAUUUUUCUGUUUCAGGAUCUCAAAUCAGAACUUUCUGGUGAUUUCGAGGACCUCAUCUUGGCUUUGAUGGAGCCUACUGCUGUUUACGACGCGAAACAGUUACACAAGGCUGUACAAGGUCUCGGUACGAAAGAGUCAGUUCUUAUCGAGAUAAUGACAUCAAGGACGAAUCAGCAAAUCGCACAAAUUCGCUCAGUAUACAAGCAACUUUAUCAUAGAGAACUUGAAGCUGAUCUGAUAGGUGACACCAGCGGAUACUUCCAGCGACUCCUUGUCUCACUCUGUUCUGGUGGCAGAGACGAAUCGAAUUACACUGACCAACUUAGAGCUAAUCAAGAUGCUCGAAAAUUGUACAACGCCGGCGAGCGCCGUCUUGGAACUGAUGAAAGUUGCUUUAACCAGAUUCUCGCCAGCCAAAACUUCAGCCAACUU